UAGAUUGUUUGCAACAAAAAAAUGACAGUUUACGUCACAAGAUCGAAGCUCUUCAUGGCACUUUGGGUAACAGCAAAAAGGUUGAGGAUAUGCACAAAGACGUUGACAAACGGAAGAAAGAGGCCUCUAAAUUAAACAAAAGUUUGAAAAAAGAACUUGACAAACUAAGUAGGCAGCUUCAGAAUCAGAUCAAUUUGGAAAAACAAUGUGAACGUUACCAGGACAAGAUAGAAACACACAACCGCAUGAAUGAAAGGUAUCAAAGACAAACGACAAGCAUCAUAGAACAACUGUCGGACCAGAAAACACUGGAAAACAAACUGAAGGAGCUGAAAGCCAAGGAAGCGCUUUUAAGAAAAAAUAAAUUGCAAAUGGUGGAAGACUUGAGGUGCGUCAACCCUUCACAACAUAAUAGUUUUAAAGAGAUCAAAGAAAAAGAAGUUGUAGUCCAACAGUUAGAACAGGAAACAGAAGCUCUUGAACAAAGACUCAAAGAAAUGCAGGUUUCUGUCCAGAAAAAGGAAAAUUUCACUGAAUAUUUGCUAGCCUUACGGAACAAAGAGAACUGUCUGCAAAAUUCUGGUUCCAAGCUAACAAGUAAGAUCAAAAAGCUGAAGAGAGAAAAUAAAAACUAUGACUUGAUAAUGAAGGAACUAGAGGCAGAACAAAAGACCCUUGAGGAGAAAAACAGACAACUUAAGAAGUUGGAGGAAGACCAUGAGGAGAUAAAAGAGACUGCAAAAGUUUAUAAGCUUAAGAUUAGCCAAAUGAAAGAAAGAAAUUUGGCUCUUUCCAAGGAAAUCCAUCAAACCCAAACUGCUAUUAAAAACAAAGAAGAUGCUGAAGCAGAACUGUUGGCUUUAUGGGCAGAAAAAAAUCUUCUCAAGAACAACACAGUCAGGCUUGAGCGAGAGAUUCGAAAAUUUAAGAUUGAGAACGGUGUCCAGAUGCACACCGUGCAUGCUGAGAGGGACGCUUUGGAGUUAAAAAUCCAGAAAGAAAAAGAAUCCAUCCAACAAAGACGACAGGAAGUCUGCGCUCUUCAACAGGAGCUUCAGGUAAUGCAUGAUGCUACUCAGCAAAAAGAAGAACUAAAAGAAGAACUGUCUAAACUGGAGGCGCAGAAAAAAAUUAUGCAAAACUCGAGUUUCAAGCUGAGGUGUGAAUUACAAGAGCUUCAAAAUACUGGUGGCAAUUACAAAUUAUUAAAGCAGGAACUUGAGGUGGAACAGAAGACUCUUAAAAAAGAAAGCCAGAAAUUGAAAUCUUUAAAAAAACAAUAUGAAGAUGUAACUACAGAUGUCAAGACUGUAAAACUAGACAUUAAGUUACUCAGGACUGAAAAUCAGGCUCUGUUGGAAGAAAUUCAAUCUUUAGACAGAGUUAUGAAAACGAAGGCCAAGGCGGAAGCAGAGCUGGGUGGUUUGAGGAAAGAAAGCUCACAUCUUAAAAACAGCAUACAAAGACUAAAAGAAGAGAUUCAAAUAAAAAAGGCUGAGUUUGAACAUCUUCCUGAAGGAACUGUCAACUCAUCUGAUCCACAAGCUCUGUUUGGGACAGUUAAAGAAGAACGGUUUGCUGUUGAGCUUUUAAAAAGGGAAGCCACACACAUGAAAAAUCAACUGCGUGAAUUGGAACAAUCUUCAACAUUCCAAGGAGGCUUAAGACUAGAACUGAGUGGCGUGUUGGCUCAGAAAAAGUCGGUGGAAGAAAAUAAUUCCAGGCUGAAAAAGAAAAUCCAAAAACUUCAAGAGGAACACCAACAGAUGAUCGAAUUAAAAGAUGAAGUUGCGGCACAAAGCAAGGCUCUUGAUACUGCAAAUGCAGAAGAAAAGGAGUUGGAAGAAGAAUAUAACCGCAUCCAGGCUGAUAUUGUGGCUCUUCAAUACAGCAAAAGCCAACUAGCAGUUGAGAAACAGGCCUUAUCGGAGAAAAUCCAAGAGAAAAAUAAGGUUUUGAAAAAGAAGGAGGAGAUAGAAGCUGAGCUGUGUGCUCUGAGGAAAGUUAGCAGUUCUCUCCAAGACAGCAUAGAACAGAUAAAACAGGAGAUUGAAAGAGAAAAUGCUGAAUUUGACUGUAUCAGUGAGUCCAGCUCCAAUGAGCUUCCUGACACAGUGAUCUCAACUUUGUUGAGGAACGUUUCAGAAGAAAAACUUGCUGUUCAAAAUUUAGAACAGGAGGCUGAUGUUCUGAGGCGCACGCUACAAGACAUGCAAGAUUCUGUUCAGCAAAAACAAGGCUUAGAAAUGGAACUGUAUAAUUUUUCUGCAGAGAAAAGGUUGGUGCAAGACAGUAUUUCCGAGAUGAAGCGUAAAAUCACGAAUCUUCAGAACACACUUGAUGAAUACAGUGAGAUAAAUGCUGAAGUUUUGUCAGAAAGCAAGACUCUACGUACUUUGCAUCAGCAACAAAGGGAGUUGGAAAAAGAACAUGACAGCAUCCAGGCUAAGAUCUCAGCCUUUCAAGUCAACAAUAGCAAACUGGCUGCUGAAAAUCAAACCCAGUCACAGAAACCCCAACAAACAAAACAAAAACAACAAAAACGUUUGAAAAAGAAGACAAAGGCAGAAGAACAGCUGCCUCCUCUGAGGAUAGUUACCUGUGUGCAGCAAAUAAAAGGAAACCAGCCAAACGAGGGGGCUGUAAAUAUAAAAGACCCAUUUAUGAAGAAGAGCGUAUCACCAUCUACCAGUACAGUUUGUUCAAAACUCCCUUCACUGCAAGACGUUGUAAUCAGCUCAGAUAGCACAUCUUAUGGCAAUUUAACAUACAGAGACAUUUCAGAGCUUGAUAAUGACGGUGCUUCCCUCAGUGACUUCUAAAUUCAGGAAACUGAUGUAAAUUUAGAUAUCAUUGCAUAAUUUGUUAGAAGACUCAGAAUUUUUAUUUAGUUAUC